UUGAGUUGAUUCUUCGUUUUUAAAACAAAGUAAUUAUUUUAUAUUUUCAAUAUAAAACAACUCAAGUAGCAAUGAAAAAAUCUAAUUGGGCAACAGGAUUAAUAACAACAUUAAAUGAUCCAAUAAAUCAUGUUAUAUCAACUGAAAUUGGAGUUGUUAUCAAAGAUAAAUAUCCAAAAGCCAAGCAUCAUUUUUUGGUUUUACCCAAAGAUGAUAUUCCAAGUAUAUUUCAUUUAAAACCAUCACAUUUAGAUCUUCUCUAUGAAUUACAUCUUUUGUCCAUAAAUGUUAUUGAAGUCACAAAUUGCCAAAGAGAUGACUUCAAAAUUGGAUUUCAUGCCCAGCCCAGUAUGCAGAGAUUGCAUUUGCAUGUAAUUAGUAAAGAUUUCGUGUCGCCUUGUUUGAAGACAAAAAAACAUUGGAAUAGUUUCAAUACAAAACUUUUCGUGCCGUUCGAUGAUUUAGUUGAUAAUUUAAAAAAGAAUGGUCGAAUUGAGAAAAUGGGAAUUGAAUAUAUAAAAACCCUGGAACUAACAGAACUUAAAUGCAACCAAUGCAACUAUAAAACAAAAACUGUACCUGAUCUAAAGAAGCAUUUACUAAAUCAUUUAGAAAAAUCCGAAUCCGAAUGUAUUGAUUAUACAGUUAAUAAAAAGAUAUAA